AAGUGACGUAAGGACGUCAAGCGGAAACUUGCGGCAGCAAAUCUUUCUAGAAUUCUGUGGCAGAUUCUUGCUAGCCCGCACCAGAUAGCGUCAUCUGAGUUUGGCUUGGUUUGAUUCUCCAGUCCGCUGCACUGAGCAGAAACACACAUUUCUUCAAAGAUCAGUAUUUUUGUAUUGUAUGCGUUUUAAUUGAAGACUUGGGCGCGCUUCGUUUGGCCUUGUAACUCAGCCGAGUCAUAUUCCAAGCUAACGUUGUUUAUGUUAGGCUCUUGGUAGCAUUAUGUCCAGGAUAGACUACAGCGUGUGGGACCACAUCGAGGUGUCAGACGAUGAAGAUGACACCCACCCAAACAUCGACACACCGAGUCUUUUCAGAUGGAGACAUCAGGCACGUGUGGAGCGAAUGGAUGACUUUAGGAAAAAAGGUGACGACUUAAGCAAGACGCUCCAAGAGUGCCGGCGCAAGGUGGGUGAGGCACAGAAGAAAGUACAAGAGCUGUCCAUUUCAGCAAGUGGUGAUGCCAAAGCAGAGCUGAGCAAAGCCCAGGCUGAGGAGAAGAAACUGAAAAAAGAGGAACGGGAGUGGGAGAGGAAGCUGGAGGAACACAACCGGGAGGAGAAGAAGAUGCCAUGGAACGUUGACACACUCAGCAAGGAUGGUUUCAGCAAGAGCAUUGUUAAUAAAGUCCCUGAUUCUGCUGAGGAGACCGAAGAAGAGAGGGAGAAAAAGCAUAAAACCUUUGUGGAGAAAAAUGAGAAGCAGAUCAAACAUUUUGGAAUGUUGCGACGUUGGGAUGACAGCCAAAAGUUCCUCUCUGACAACCCUCAUCUAGUCUGUGAAGAGACUGCGAACUACCUGGUCAUCAUGUGCAUUGACCUCGAGGUUGAAGAGAAACACGCUUUGAUGGAGCAAGUGGCUCAUCAGACCAUCGUCAUGCAGUUCAUUCUAGAGUUGGCAAAAAGCCUUAAGGUGGACCCCCGUGGUUGCUUUCGGCAAUUUUUUGCCAAGAUUAAGACAGCAGAUCAACAAUACCAGGACGCUUUCAAUGACGAACUGGAGUCAUUUAAGGAGCGGGUUCGGGGCAGGGCAAAGAUCCGCAUAGAAAAGGCCAUGAAGGAAUAUGAGGAAGAGGAGCGACAAAAGCGCUUAGGACCUGGAGGGCUUGACCCUGUCGAAGUGUAUGAGUCCCUGCCAGCUGAGAUGCAGAAGUGCUUCGAUGAGAAAGACAUCCAGAUGCUACAAGAUGUUAUUAGCAAAAUGGACCCAACGGAGGCGAAGGCUCACAUGAAGAGGUGCAUAGACUCUGGUCUCUGGGUUCCCAACUCCAAGACAGACGAAGGGGAUGAAAAAGAGGAAGAUGCUACCUAUGAAGAAGUGAAACAAGAGCUGGAAGAAACUAAGAAGGAAUGACCGGCAUUGAUCCUAUGAGUUGUUGUUUCUGCAAAUAUACUAUGCUCACUGUAUUGCAACUCCACAAUGUGUAUGACUAGUUUGCCAAUCAAGGAACAAUGAAAUAACUGCAAUAUUUAGCUGAGAUCUAAGGAAUUAGCUUUCACCUAACUGCACAGCUGUGUUCCAUCAGUAACUCCUGCAUGGACAAGAAACUGCUGUUUGUGCUUAGGGCUUUUAUUUGUUUGGACAUCACUAAAGCUGUAUUCUUCCAUUUAUUUGUACACUGUCAGUUUGUGUGGGCGUGUAUGUUCAUUUUUGCUGUUGUAUAGUGGAAAAAACAUUCUAUACAACAUUCUAUACAUUUGCAGGUUGUCAUUUUCCAGAUUUAAGAUUUUCGUUCUUCACUCGUGCUUGAACAACCAGUGUAUUCAGUUGGCUGUUUUCCCCCAAAGUGACAUUUUCUACAAACUUCAGUUAACUAAAGGUUGAAUUAUAUCCAAGUACUCAAAA